UCGCUACUGCGCAUGUGCAAAGCCUGGUGUCCGGUGUCCGACUGACAGCAGCUGUUGAGACCAUGAAGGGUCUGCAGGGAGAGCUAACAGGCUAACGAGCUAACUGACCCGUUCUCACCCGGGUUACUUCACCGUUUCACGGAGCUACUGAGCUAACUUGUUGACGCGAGCCUUCACAGUCCCGUGAGUCCAGAACCAGAGCAGAGACCCGGACCCAGGAUGCUAAUAGCAGCGGUCGCUGGAGGAACCGGUGACGACGCCGCCACCACGGCCAAGAAACACCGGCGGAGAGGCAAGAAGCACCGGAGAGCCCGAACAGACGAGAACCGGCCUGGUGACCUCUGUGACCUUCAGAGUCCAAAUGCCAACAGCAGCCUCUCCCCAACACCUCAGCAGAGUAGCCCCCAAACCAGCCUGCUGCCCCUCCAACGUGCUUCAGACACCACCACAUCCUCACAGAAUGCACCAUGUCCUGAAGACGUCCACGAAUCCACUCCAGCACCCCGACAGACCCAUCCACGCACCCCCACGUUACCCCCUGACACCACCAUGAUGGCCCCCAAAGGUGUCCCUCGAUCCCUCUCACCACCUCCCCAGAACACCCUUGAGACCACCCCCCCACAUCUUGAUCCAGUUGCCCAACUGGUGCCCCCAGAAAUUACUUUCCAAAACACCUACCUAACGGCACCAUUGACGCCUCAGAUUUUCAGCCAAUCACCUCUUGCCACAUUUAAAAAUCCCGCCCACAGUCCAAGUCAAUCACCAUCAACUGUUAACCAAAAUUUUACCCAGAAUUCCUCCAGAUCGCGUCACAGAACUCUUCGAAAUGUUGAUCAGAAUCUGCCAGAAGGCCAAACUGACCCUUCCAAAUUGCCUCCAAUCUUAUCACACGACAUUACCCACAAUACAUCUGAAUCAAAGUCAGUUUCUGCCAAAACUCCUCCCAGCCCUCAGUUAGGCCCCUCCCACCCUGACCCCUUCCUGCUGACGUCGGUGACAUUCACUUCCAGUAUCUCCUCGCAUCUCUACACCCCCACCUGCUCGUCUGCCUCCUUCCUCGGCUCCCUCGACUCUCUGAGUCCACACAUCGGUCUGCCUCCCAUGGUGCCAUCAGCCGCCCCACAAAUGACGACACCCCCUUUUACUUUGAGCCCGCCUCCUCCGGAGUUAACCCCGCCCCCUGCACAGCUGCUGGGCUCUGACGAUGAAGAGCAGGAAGACCCUUCAGAUUAUUGCAAAGGUGGUUACUACCCAGUGAAGAUCGGUGAUUUGUUUAAUGGGAGGUACCAUGUGGUCAGAAAACUUGGCUGGGGUCAUUUCUCUACAGUCUGGCUCUGCUGGGAUCUGCAGAGGAAGCGUUUUGUGGCGCUGAAGGUGGUGAAGAGCGCUCCGCACUACACCGAGACGGCUGUGGACGAGAUCAAACUGCUCCGAUGUGUGAGAGACAGUGACCCGUCUGACCCCUACAGAGAAACCAUCGUCCAGCUGAUAGACGACUUCAAGAUCUCUGGAGUCAACGGAAUCCAUGUCUGUAUGGUUCUGGAGGUUUUGGGUCAUCAGCUGUUAAAAUGGAUCAUUAAGUCAAACUACAUGGGACUUCCUCUCAUCUGCGUCAAGACCAUCAUCAGACAGGUGCUGCAGGGUCUGGACUACCUCCACACUAAGUGUAAGAUCAUCCACACUGACCUCAAACCAGAGAACAUCUUAUUGGACGUUGAUGAGGUUUACAUCAGGAGGCUGGCAGCCGAAGCAACCGUCUGGCAGAGAGCUGGGGCUCCGCCCCCUUCCGGGUCAUCAGUUAGCACGGCUCCCAGGGAUCUACAGGGCGGUAAGCUGUCUAAGAACAAGAAGAAGAAGAUGAAGAGGAAAGCAAAGAAUCAACAGAGACUGUUGGAGGAGAGACUGGUGGACAUCCAGAAGAUAGAGGAGGAGGACGGUGUGAUCCAGUCUGACCACGCAGACGUUGCCUGCUCUCUGGUCGUUAACGGCAACACUUCCUGCUCCACAGCCAACAGCAAAGCGAGCUCCGACUCUACUUGUUCCUGGUUGGAGGACAGUUGUAACGGCCACGCCCCCGGACGGUUCUCCAGCCCCGCCUCCGGCCUGUCAGGCUUCUCCAGCUCUGUGAUGUCAGCGACGUCUGAAUCAGCACUUUCUACUCAGUCAGGGUACUCGAGCGGACGAGAUGUGUUCAGUGCGUCAGACUUUGUCCUCAGUCCUCUGGAUCCUCAGAACGCCCACAAACUCAGAGUGAAGAUCGCUGACCUGGGAAAUGCAUGCUGGGUGCACAAACACUUCACAGAGGACAUUCAGACCAGACAAUACAGAGCUCUGGAGGUUCUGAUUGGAGCAGAGUAUGGACCACCUGCCGACAUCUGGAGCACCGCCUGCAUGGCUUUUGAGUUGGCGACAGGAGAUUACAUGUUUGAACCUCACUCAGGAGAAGAUUACACCAGAGACGAAGAUCACAUCGCUCAUGUCAUCGAGCUCCUCGGUUCGAUUCCUCUGCCCUUUGCUUUGUCUGGCAGGUACUCCAGAGAGUACUUCAACAGGAAAGGUGAGCUGCGUCACAUCUCCAGCCUGAAGCCUUGGGGUCUGUUUGAGGUGCUGCUGGAGAAGUACGAGUGGCCUCUGGACCAGGCGGCUCAGUUCAGUGACUUCCUGUUGACCAUGUUGGAGCUGCAGCCGGAACGCAGGGCGACUGCAGCUCAGUGUCUGCAGCACGCAUGGCUACACACAUAG